AUGGCCAGCGGAACGGUACAGUGCCCACGGGGCAACCGUCCGCCAAUCGGCGAGCAGACCGCGGCGUCACUCCUUCCGGACAGUGAGCUCGGCCUGCCCACGCCUGCCCACCAGACCGCAGCUGCCAGUAUCCUCUCCUCGGACGGCGUCGGCGUAAUGCCCAAGAUGCUGGUCGGCUUGCCCGACCUCGAGCAUCUCGGCCUGCCGCCGGCUCUGAGUCCCGCCUCGCCGACUCGGUCUGCUCCGUUGGUCUGUCUCCCCGAGGACCUCGAUCACCCCACGGUUUCUACAGUUCCCAUUCUUCCUUUACAGACUUUUCCGCCGUCUCGCCGUCCGAACGAACGGCCACAAGAUCAGCCUUUCGACUUGAGUUGCCGGCGAAAGCGGACCGACCGCGACCCGGAGCCUGAGGGGACCGAGGCGUAUGAGGUCGCUUCUGCCGGCGGUCUUUGGCAACGAGUCAGCCUGCAGAAGCGACCUGCCCCAGUUAGCCUAAUCAGAACGGCAAGACCUCCAGCUUCCAAGGAGCUGGCCUAUCAUACGCCUCACAGCCACACUCCCGACAGCCACGUCGGCGAUUGCCGCUUGCCCAUCUCCGAGGGCCACGCCACCACAGGCCAGUUUCCCGAGGAUCCGACACUCGCCAUCGCGGCAGGCGAGGCAAGCGACGACCACAUGAGGAUUCAAGAGGUGAUGCCCGAUUCCGAGGCUGAGACUUCAGAAGCAGUUUUGCUGGAAACUUCACAAAGUCUCAACAUCCUCGGCAGAGGUUUUCGUCAAAUGUCAUUUGUUGGAACAGCCUUCAAAGCAAGUCGGGCCGAUUGGAGACAGCCAAGCAGCUUUAAGCCGAAGGAGGAGGGGGACGAAAAUGAAAUUAGUAGAAUGGAGAAAUUGUGGCCGAAUGAGAAAGAAGUAAGACGAAAUGGCAAAAAUGAAAUGGAUGCCCACGCUGCUGAUGCCGACGAUGACGAUGACAACGACCACACUGAUGGUGGUGGUGAUGAUAUUGAUGAUGAUGAUGAUGGUGAUAAUGAUGGUGAUGAGGAGGAGGAAGAAGAGGAGGAGGAGGAAGAGGAAGAGAAUGUUCUCCUCGAGAUUGUGGAGAACCUCACCAGCCUUGUCGAGUCGACGGCAUCUUCUAUUCAACCUCCGGCUCCUCCGAUCGUCACAACAACGACGAAUCAUGCCGCCGACGUAGACAUGACAACAGUUCAAGUCACUGGUGUACCUAAUUCGUCUGACUAUGCUCUGGUGAGGCUGGCUUCUGCUGUGAUCAGGCUGGCUGUGGCGCGGAUCCAGCCGGGGUCUGUAGAAGCCGAAAAACGCAUCAGACGAACGUCAACGCCGGGCGGCGCGGAGUACGACAGAAGUGAGACAACCUUUAACAAAGCAAAACGUGCCGAGGAAAGAGAGCCGAAACGCAGAGAACAAGGCAAGAUAAGGCGACUCGAGGAUUCGGAAGAGAAGGCCAAGAAGGAAAGAAAGAGUACACUCGGGACUAGGACCCAACCGAAAGAUGAGAAGAGAGAAAGAGAGAGAGAGAGAGAGGAGGAACGUGAAGCUGCUGGCGACUCAAGCGGUUGUUCCAACGAGGAGAACAGAUUUUUACCUGAAAAAAAGCCUCGAUUCAGGUGA